CCCCACGGCUGGGCUCCGCUCCCUCCCCAGACCACAGAGACGUGGGAUGACCGCGCGGGUUAGAGAAGCGGCCUCUGUCCUUCCCGCUAAAGCUCCGCCCCACCUCCCCGCGCUCUCGAGGAGCCGACGCCGGGCCUCGAGGAAACAAGCUCGCAUCUCCUCGUUGGAAACCAUCUAGCAACAGAAUGAGUCUGCAGUGGACGGCGGUUGCCACUUUUCUCUAUGCAGAGGUCUUUGCUGUGCUGCUGCUCUGCAUUCCCUUCAUUUCUCCUAAAAGAUGGCAGAAGAUUUUCAAGUCACGCCUGGUGGAGUUGGUAGUGACCUAUGGCAAUACCUUCUUUGUGGUUCUCAUCGUCAUUCUCGUGCUGCUGGUCAUUGAUGCUGUACGUGAGAUUUGGAAGUAUGAUGACGUUACAGAGAAGGUGAACCUCCAGAACAAUCCCGGGGCUGUGGAACACUUCCACAUGAAGCUUUUCCGUGCCCAGAGAAACCUCUAUAUUGCUGGCUUUUCCUUGCUGCUCUCCUUCCUGCUUAGACGCCUGGUGACUGUCAUCUCCCAGCAAGCCACACUGCUGGCCUCCAAUGAGGCCUUUAAAAAGCAGGCAGAGAGUGCUAGUGAGGCAGCCAAGAAGUACAUGGAAGAGAAUGACCAGCUGAAGAAGGAAGCUGCUGUUGGCGGAACCAAGUUGGAUGGCAGGGACAUGGCAGUGAAGGUGCAGGAGGAGAACAGGAGCCUGAAGGCUGACGUGAAGAAGCUGAAGGACGAGCUGGCCAGCAGCAAGCAGAAACUAGAGAAAGCUGAAAAUGAGGUUCGGGCCAUGUGGAAACAAUCCGAGGGCUUGACCAAGGAGUAUGACCGCCUGUUGGAGGAGCACGCGAAGCUGCAGGCAGCAGUAGGUGGCUCCACGGACAAGAAGGGGGAAUGAGGUGCUCCUUCCCACCUGCCACCUGGCCUGCACCUGCUGCUUCCUGAGGCCUGGCCUCCCUGGUACUUGGGUUUGCCCCUCCUGCACCCCGUUCUGUCGCUCCACUUGCAGUUCCGUGUUCUCCCAGCAUACCAUAGGGGACCAGUUUCUGCCCCUCAGGAUGAGCUUGCUGUCAUCCUGGCCAGCCGGGAGCGAGGCAGCACCUGUACCCUAACCAGAGUGGGGCUUGCUUCCCACUUGGUUGAGCCCCCUUUGUGUUGCAUGUUGAAGUUGGAGGCUCCGGGCCCCUAGUCUCUGCUCCUGCAGCCAGGUGGGUGGAAGCAGGCAGAGUAGUUUUUCUUGAGGGCAAUAAAAGUUGUUAAGACGCG